GUUCCCCUUCUUCCCACAGCCCGACGUAUCCCGCUCAUCUCUCUUUCGUCACACUCCCACUUCCUCUAUCCGUCUCUACCUCACAUCUCUCGGCCGCCCCUUCACACCGGUUACCUCCGCUACGUCCGCGUCAUCCGUCAACGUGUUCGCUGCCGGUAAGCAUCUUCCGUCCCUCUAUCUCAGUCGUUAUCUCUCCCAACCACCGACACCCUCUCUCUCUCUCUCUCUCUCUUCUCUCCGAAAAUUUUCUUUCCGUUGCCGUCCACGCCAUCUGCCCCUGUUUCCAUCGGUCUGCUGCACGCCGGCUCUUCCGUCGCACGGAGUCCCGUCGUUCCACCUCGCCGUCCGUGCCUCAGUUUGUCGCUGUGGAGGACAACGGGGCCAGACGUGCCGCCUCACGCCACCAAGCCGCUUGCUUGGAUCGCCUGCUGCACUCAGCACCACCACCUAGCCCAAUCGUCACCACCGGGUUGCUCAAAUGGAUGAUUAUCAAGAAAUAGAGGACAAAACAUCAGAAAAAAUUUCUGAUAAUGCAUCACAAAAGAAACAGGAAACUCGUGAUGAUAUGCUUUCCAGGCAUAGGAAAGAGAUAUCGCAGCUGCAGAACAAGGAAAUUGAACUGAAAAAGGCAGCAGCCAAAGGUAGCAAGGCUGAACAGAAAGCUAAGAAGAAACAGGUGGAGGAAGAGAUCUCUCAAUUUUCUGCUAAACUUAAAGAAAAACAUGCUGCAGAACUUGCUUCACUAGGCUAUAGCAGUAGUGAUGGAGAUGGAAAAGGCAAUAUUGUCAAUUUGGUGAAAGCCAUUGCUGGGGUUUCUGUUACCAGUCAACCGGACCAAUCAAAGCCUAGCAAGAGCGCAAAGAGACGAGGAAAAAGAGCUCAGCAAGAAGCAGAAAGAGAGCAAAGAAUUCAAGAGGAGCAGAGUAGCAUUGUAAGUGAUCGAAUGAUUGAAGAUGAGAAACUGGAAAGAAAGCUUGAACCCCUUGGUUUGACUGUAAAUGAAAUAAAGCCGGAUGGUCACUGUCUCUACCGAGCUGUUGAGGACCAGUUAGCUCUUCUAUCUGGUGGUUUGUCUCCAUAUACAUACCAAGAGCUUCGAGAAAUGGUGGCUGCUUAUAUGAGGAAACAUGCAUCUGAUUUCGUUCCAUUUUUCCUCUCGGAUAAUGCAAUAGAAGGAGAUUCUGAUAAUUCUCUGGCAGAGAGAUUUGAGAAUUACUGCAAAGAAGUGGAGUCAACAGCAGCGUGGGGAGGACAACUAGAGCUCGGUGCUUUAACUCAUUGCCUCAGAAAACACAUCAUGAUAUACUCAGGGUCAUUCCCUGAUGUAGAGAUGGGGAAGGAGUACAUAUCAGAUGGUGUGAAUGGUUCAUCAGAUUCAAGUAUCAUGCUAUCAUACCAUAGGCAUGCAUUUGGCCUGGGGGAGCACUAUAAUUCUGUCAUCCCAAUUUGAUCAAAUAGAUAUGUUUUGAAUUAUGAGUAAAAAAUUAGUUGAAGAGGUACUACAUUGUUGGAUCAUAUCAUAAUGACCCUCCUGUCAUAAUAUGGUUGUUUUAAUUUAAACUACAUAAAUUUUUAAUGUGCUGGUUGGACUUUCUUAUCAGUUACUCUUUGAAAUUGAUUUUUCCUCCCUGGAUGGAA